AGAAAACCCACUAAACCCAUCACACUCCUUCCAAUCUCCAGAUCCACCCUCAUCAUCCUCUCCAUGGCAUCCCUUCUCUUCAUCUUUCUCUUCCUCUCUCUUUCCUCCGCCACCAACAACCACACCCUCCUCCUCAAACCACUCUCUCUGGAGAUCCAACAAGCCUGCAAGGCCACACGAUUCCCUCUCCAAUGCCACUCCUCACUCACCCAAUCCAAACACCUCCCUAACAACCCCACCCCUCUCCAAAUCCUCCAAUCCGCCAUGGCAAUUUCCUACGAAAACCUUAGCACCGCACGAUCCAUGGUUCAGUCCAUCCUCGACGCCUCCGCAAACAACCGUACACGCGCCACCGUCGCCAAGAGCUGCCUCCAGGUCCUCCACUACUCCCAUUACCGGACCUCCCUCGCCGCCGACGCCCUCCCCCGCGGCAACACCAAGGACUCCCGUGCAUGGUUCAGCGCCGCCUUGGCCUACCAGUACAACUGCUGGUCCGGGUUGAAGUACGCGAACGACACCGCAUCCGUCGCCGAAACGAUGUCGUUUCUGGACUCCCUCACCGGCGUCUCCAGCAACGCGCUCAACAUGAUGGUGUCGUACGAUCGCUUCGGGAACGACACCGCAUUGUGGAGGCCGCCGUUCACGGAGCGCGACGGUUACUGGGAGGCUUCCGGGUCGGGAGAGUUCGGGUCCGGACCCGGGUUGCCCGCGAAACUUACGCCGGACGUUAAGGUGUGUAAGGACGGUGGCGAAGGUUGUUAUAAGACGGUUCAGGAAGCGGUUAAUGCGGCGCCGGAUAACGUCAGCGUCGGUGAACGGUUGUUUGUGAUACACAUAAAGGAAGGGGUUUAUGAAGAGAGGGUUAGGGUUCCGUUAAGGAAGAGGAAUGUGGUGUUCUUGGGUGAUGGCAUUGGUAAAACUGUCAUCACUGGGUCUGCAAACGUGGGGCUUCAGCCUGGGAUGACAACCUACAACUCAGCCACCGUAGGGGUUGUUGGUGAUGGAUUCAUGGCAAAGGAUCUCACAAUCCAAAACACGGCAGGUGCUAAUGCUCACCAAGCAGUAGCAUUCAGAUCAGACAGUGAUCUUUCUGUCAUUGAGAAUUGUGAAUUCAUAGGCAAUCAAGAUACCCUUUAUGCUCAUUCCCUGCGCCAAUUUUAUAAAUCUUGCCGUAUCAUUGGCAAUGUGGACUUCAUCUUUGGAAACUCAGCUUCAAUCUUCCAAGACUGCCAAAUCCUUGUCCGGCCGAGGCAAACCAGGCCGAGGAAGGGCGAGAGCAACGCCAUUACUGCGCAUGGCAGGACAGACCCUGCUCAGUCAACAGGCUUUGUUUUCCAGAACUGCUUGGUUAAUGGUACUGAGCAAUAUAUGGAAUUGUACUACAGCAAGCCUGAAGUGCACAAGAACUACCUGGGUAGGCCUUGGAAGGAGUAUUCUAGAACAGUUUUCAUUCAUUCAUUCUUGGAAGCCCUUAUCACACCACAGGGUUGGAUGCCAUGGAGUGGGGAUUUUGGGUUGAAUACACUUUACUAUGGGGAAUUUGAGAACUCGGGACCUGGUUCUAAUUUGACUCAUAGGGUACCAUGGAGUAGCCAGGUCCCGGCUGAGCAUGUGUUCACGUAUUCAGUGCACAGUUUCAUUCAAGGAGAUGAUUGGAUUAAUCAUCUCAGUUAUUAGCUUUUCCUAGGAGGGAGCAGGAGGGAUCAUAGAGCGAUGAAUAGGAGGCAUCAGUAAAUGGGGAAUUUUUUUAACACCCACUUUGUAACUACUGCCAAUACAAUGAAGAUUUCAAA